AUGAAUUCUGACUCUAGCUCUGUCUCCAGCAGAGCUUCCUCGCCAGACAUGGAUGAGAUGUACCUGAGAGACCAUCACCACCACCACCACCAUCACCACCACCAAGACAGCCGGCUCAACUCAGUCUCCUCCACUCAGAACGAUCUGGUGCAGAAGAUGUCUGGGGAAGGCCUCACCAGGAACGGUUCCAAGACUGGAGGGGAAGGCAGCAAGUACAAAAUCAAGAAGCAGCUUUCGGAGCAGGACCUGCAGCAGCUGCGACUGAAGAUCAACGGCCGGGAGCGUAAGAGGAUGCACGACCUAAACCUCGCUAUGGACGGACUGCGGGAGGUGAUGCCCUACGCUCAUGGACCUUCUGUGAGAAAACUCUCCAAAAUCGCCACCCUCCUGCUAGCCAGAAACUAUAUCCUGAUGCUCACCAGCUCCUUGGAGGAGAUGAAGAGGCUAGUUGGGGAAAUCUACGGGGGACACCACUCGGCCUUUCACUGCGGCACGGUGGGACACUCCGCCGGGCACCCGCCCCACGCCGCCGGCACUGUGCACCAGGUGCAUCCCAUUCUCGGCAGUGCCUUGUCCUCCGCCAACACCUCCUCCUCCCUCUCCGCCUCCCUGCCGGCCAUCGGCACCAUCCGGCCCCCACACUCCCUGCUCAAGACCCCCUCGACACCCCCUGCCCUGCAGCUCGGCAGCGGCUUCCAACACUGGGCUGGCUUGCCGUGCCCCUGCACCAUCUGCCAGAUGCCUCCCCCGCCCCACCUCUCGGCCCUCACCGCCUCCAACAUGGCCAGGAUCUCGGGGGAGACCAAGGACCUCCUGAAGUGA